AUGUUGAGUGGAAAUCCAAAUACUGCAAGAAAUAGGUACCCUUUCACACCAAAUCAGUGGCAAGAGCUUGAACACCAAGCUCUCAUCUUCAAGUACAUGGCCUCAGGGAUACCUAUUCCAACUGAUCUUGUCUAUUCUUUAAAGAGAAGGUUGGACAAUUCAAUUUCGUCAAGACUCUUCCCCCAUCCCAUGGGAUGGGGCUGUUAUGAGAUGGGUUUUGGCAGAAAGGUAGACCCAGAGCCAGGGAGGUGCAGAAGAACAGAUGGUAAAAAAUGGAGGUGCUCAAAGGAAGCUUACCCAGACUCAAAGUACUGUGAGAGGCAUAUGCACAGAGGCAGAAACCGUUCAAGAAAGCCUGUGGAAGUUUCUUCAUCAACUACAACUCCUUCAACAACAACAACUGCAACAGAGCACCCUUCAUCUUCUUCUUCUUCAGCCCUCUCAUCACCGAACAACAAAAACCUCUCCAAAACCUCUUCCUACUCUCUCUCUCCACUUUCCUCAUCCAUAUCCACUGAAACACAAACCCAACAUCACCCUCACCAAUCUAAUUCACCCCUUUAUCCCUUCCUUAAUUACCCUCAGUCUUCCUCUUCAAGUUCUAGGCCUCCUCCCGGUUCUGUUUUCUCACCUCAGAACAACAGCUCUUCUGCUACCCCUCACCUUUUUUUGAACUCUGGAUCUUAUAACACUCAAGCUGAAAAAGAUUACAGGUAUCUUCAUGGAACGAAGGGAAGUGUGGAUGAGCUAGCUUUCUUUCCAGAGUCUUCAGCAAAUGGAAGAAGCAUAUUGACUGGGGGCUCAUCAUCAUGUCAGCCACUAAUGAGUUCCUACAGAGGCUACUCUCAACCACAGUUCCAAAGCCUCACAGAUCAUCAUAAUCCAGAAGUUUCUCAACAAUCACAGGAGGAGGAGCAGCAUUGCUUUGUUUGGGGCACUGAUUUCAAAUCAAGCAGAGCAAUCAAAACAGAGAAAGAAGCAGCUGAAACCCAAAAGUCACUGCACCACUUCUUUGGAGACUGGCAGCCACCAAAGAGCACAGACACCUGGCUUGAUCUUUCAUCCAACUCUGGAGUUCCUAAUGAUGGCUGA